AGAUAGAGGUUGUUUAUUAUGCCAUAAAAUAUCACAUUAGUUUAGUUUAUAAAAACAUUCUUCCAACUCUUAAAUUCCCUCUAUCUUUCAAUAUUAACUCGCUUUGUAAAAUUAAGAGCAUAGCAAAAAAUGGGACGUGCCCCCCAACCAGAUUCAACUGAUCAACAAUAUGAUCAACCACCUCACUAUCCACCACCACCACCACCACAACCUAACCAUGCCUAUGCCCCUCAACCACCUCAUUAUCCACCAGUACAAGCUCCUCCGUCUCGACCUCCACCUACUUAUCCGCCGCAGCCUGUGCAGUUCCCGCCUCAGCCUGCAGCAUACCCGCCACCGCAAGCUCAGCCUUUUCAUCAGAACGCUUACCAUGCACCUCAGCCACAUGGAGCGUCGUUCCCUGUACAAAAUAAUGCCGGACAAGGGUACAAUACGGUGGCGUCGCCAUAUAAUCCGUCACCGGCGGCAGGGCAGGGGUUUCCAUUUGCACAACAACAGUACAAUGAGGGUUGGCGAACUGGGCUAUUCGAUUGCAUGGAUGAUCCCAUGAAUGCUGUGAUUACAGCUUGUUUGCCAUGCGUCACAUUUGGGCAGGUUGCAGAAAUCAUUGACAAUGGCCAUACCUCAUGCGCGACCAGCGGUCUGCUGUAUGGUUUGGUGGCAGCGUUGAUAGGGUGUCCAUGCAUAAUGUCAUGCAGCUACAGAACCAAGCUUAGGGCAAAGUAUGGACUGAUGGAGGCACCAGCACCGGACUGGCUCACUCAUUGCUUUUGUGAAUGGUGUGCUCUUUGUCAAGAAUAUAGAGAGCUUCACAACAGAGGCCUUGAUCCUGCAAUUGGAUGGCAAGGGAAUAUGAACAUGCAGCAGCAACAGCCUCAAGUGGCUAUGAUGCCUCCGGGGAACCAAAAAAUGAUGCAUCAAUAAAUUUGUAUAAAAAAUGUUAAAUUAUUUUGCUUAAUGGCAAAAAAAACCCAAACCUUUACGACUUGUUACAAUUAUAUCCAAACCUUUUAAUUUUUGUAAUAAAAUCCAAAUUGCACUUUUUAUGUGAAUUUUUUUGAGUUUUUUGGCAUUUUUUUGGACUUUUACUAUAUUAUUAUACAUCAAAACAUAAUAAUAGCCUAAUAUCUUAAUUGAAAACAACAAGUUUAGCCAUCAAUUGGACUAUUAUUGCUACAAAAAAUGCAAUUUGGAUAUUAUUGCAACAAAAAAAUACAAUUUGGAUAUUAUUGCAAAAAUUAAAAGGUUUGGAUAUAAUUGCAAUAAGUCGUAAAGGUUUGGGUUUUUUUUACCAUUAGGCCAAAUUAUUUCUUCAUUUUUAUUUUUUAAUUUUAAAUUUUAAAUUUGAGAGUUAAUUCCAAUUUCAAGACCAACCAUUGAUGGUGUAAGAUUAUAAAUGUAGUUGGUAUAGUGGGAGAUGAUUGUAUUUUUCUAAUUUUAUGUUGUUCUUCCUGCUUGCCAUCGGCUUUGUUAAAGAGACGAGAAUAACUGCUCAUCACAAAUUGAUAGUGUAAUAUCGCUUCUUCAAUGAUCUAUAGUUAAACUUUUUCUCUAA